AUGCGCUUCAUUGCGACUCUCGCCGUUGCCGCGGCCUCUUUCGGCCUUGCUGCUGCCGCUCCCGCCUCUGACGACGUCAAGAUUGACCCUCUUCUACGGCUCAUCAAGACUUCCGAGGAUGACGCCGGCACCUGGGUCACCGAGGACGAGAAAUUCGAGAAGUACACCUCCAAAGGCCUUGGUUUCAUCGAUAUCACUGAUAUCACUGAGGAAGAAGUUCUCGCCGCCCUCUCCACUUCCGACGAUGUCCAAGUAUCCAAGCUUGCCGCACGCCAAGGCGUCACCUACCCGACGACCUUGACCCACGUCACUGAGGCCAACUCGCUCAUUACCCGAGUGACCAACACUGGCCCGCAAAGCUGGCUGCAGACCUUGACCAACUUCCAAAAUCGUCACUACCGUUCUACCUAUGGCACCCAGGCUUCCACCUGGCUGUACAACCAGGCUGUUAGCAUCGCCUCUGGUAAUUCGGCUAUCACAGUGACUCGAUUCACCCACUCUUUCAACCAGCCUUCCAUUAUUGUCAAGUAUCCCGGAACCAGCUCCGAUCUCGUCAUUGUCGGUGCUCACCUUGACUCCAUUGCCGGUGGUACCGAAGCCCGAGCUCCUGGUGCCGACGACAACGGUUCAGGUACUGUUGUUGUACUUGAGGCUCUUCGUGUGCUUGUUGCUGCCGGCUUCAAGCCUAAGAACACCCUCGAGUUUCACUUCUACGCAGGCGAAGAGGGUGGUCUUCUCGGCUCCCAGGCUAUCUUCUCCAACUACCGGAGUGCUGGCAAGCGUGUCCUUGGUAUGCUGAACCAGGACAUGACUGGCUACUCCCCUGGUGGACGCGCUACUGUAUACACCGACUACGUUAACUCUGCAUUCACCGCCUAUGUACGCCUCAUUGUCGCUCAGUACACUGGUGCAGCCCCCUCCAGCUCGUCUUGCGGCUACGGUUGCUCAGACCACGCAAGUGCCACGUCGAACGGGUUUCCUUCGGCUUUCGUCAAUGAGGAGCCCUUCAGUACAUCAAACCCCAACAUCCACACUUCAAGAGAUACCUAUGCCAGCAUCCAAUGGAACUCAGUUCUGCGCCACUCCAAGCUCACAGUUGGCUUCUUGGUAGAAGCAUCUUAUCUGGUUGUGGUAUAUAUGAUCACUCAAGGUCUUUCCAAGCCACCCGGGUGCACAUCAUCUCAGUUUGACCUAUUCUCCAUCAUCUUCCCCGGCAAUCCUCGAGAAGAACAGCUGACACUAUGGAACGUCGUUGGUCUCAACGUCCAGAAGGUCAUCGAACCUGAUGCCGACCAGGGCCUUCACCCCGAGAAGUCGCAAACCAAGACCGAUCCCGAGUCCCAGGUCGGUUCCCUGGAGCAUUCAAGUAGUGUCGUCGAUGACGAAGCCUACCCACCACCCACCGCCGAAGAGCGCUCGACGCUGCGCAAGGUCCACGAUUCGAUCCCCCUGGCAUCAUGGUCUCUCUGCUUUGUAGAGAUGGCUGAACGAGCCUCGUUCUACGGCGUCAAGGCAGCCUUCAAUAACUACCUUCAAUUCCCCCUUCCUGAGGGCGGCCCUGGUACUGGCGCCAUCGACCCCAGCAAGCCCAACUCUCAUGCUGGCGCCCUGGGCCUCGGCCUCAGAACAGCUUCAGCUUUGGGUCUGCUUUUCACGUUCCUGGCCUAUGUCAUCCCCAUCUUUGGCGCUUGGAUCGCAGACGUCAAGAUCGGUCGUUACCAGGCUAUUGGAUGGGGUGUUUUCAUUGGUGGUGUUGCACAUGUCAUCAUGAUCGGAGGUGCAGCGCCGGCUCUCCUUCAGGCCGGCAAAGGUGUUGCGCCUUUCCUCGUCAGCUACUUCCUCCUCGCCAUCGGAGCAGGUAUCUUCAAGCCUAACGUGGCACCCACUGUCAUCGAUCAGUACAAGCACCAACGGGAGUACACCAAGGUGCUCAAGUCCGGGGAAAAGGUCCUCGUCGACCCCGAGACUACCAUUAGCCAUAUCAUGCUGAUUUUCUACGCCUUCAUCAACGUCGGCGCCUUCUUCUCCAUUGCUGUUGUCUACAUCGAGAAGUACCACAGCUUCUGGCUAGCUUACCUUAUCCCCGGCAUCGUCUACUUCCUCCUCCCGGUUCUGCUGGCCGCCACGUAUAAGCGCACCGUCAGACUUCCGCCUCAAGGCUCCGACUUGAACCGUUUUGUGAAGAUCACCGUCUCUGCCCUCAAGGCAAGCAAAGGUAACAUCUUUUCAAAAGACUUCUGGUACAAAGUCCAACCUAGCACCAUCUACAGCGAGCGAAGUGUUCGCGUCAGCUACUCUGAGAAAGAUGUCGAUGAUGCUCGACGAACCUGGGGAGCCGUCCAAAUCUUCUUGUACAUUCCCAUCUGGUACUUGAACGACGGUGGCGUUGGAAACGUUCAGAGCAAUCAGGGAGCUGCAAUGACCUCUGAUGGUGCGCCCAACGACUUGCUAAGCCACUUCAACCCCUUGGUCAUCAUCGUCUUCUCUCCUUUCAUGGCCCAGGUUGUGUACCCAUUCCUCAAGCGCAAGGGUAUCAAGUACGGACGCAUUAGUCGUAUGACGACCGGCUUCAUCUUGGCAACUAUUUCCUCCGUCAUCGGUGCCAUCGUUCAGUGGCGCGUGUACGAGACCAGCCCAUGCGGCUACAAUGCCAGUGAUUGUGACGGGGUUUCGCCGCUCUCCAUCUGGUGGCAGAUUCCGAACGUCGCUCUUGGUGCCAUGUCCGAGAUCUUCGUCAACGUCACGGCCUACGAGCUCGCGUACGCCCGCGCUCCUGAACACAUGCGGUCCACUGUCGUCGCUCUGUUCUUAUUCAUGACGGCUUUGAGCAGCGCUCUGGGCCAGAUCUUGCUUCCAUCAAUCGGUGACCCGACUUUGGUGUGGGCCUGGGCUGCUCCCGGAAUUGCUCUUGCCGUCCAGACCGCCGUCUUUUGGUACAGGCACCGCCAUAUCAACGAUGAGGUGUUCAUGACUUACAAGGAGGACUUCCAGAGCAUUAGCUCGGGAGAGAAAACGAGCAUUGAUAAGGGUGAGAAGUAA